ACGACCCUCAUUCCUGGAAGUUCUUGGAAGUUCCUACCCGCACGUCUGCAUUGUAAGAAAAUGAGGAGAGGCAGCGUCCCGGUUACCAUUUUUAUCUUUCUGGAUGUUGUGAUUUUCAGCCACAGUUGGUUUAAUGAACGAAGUAGUCGUUCGGUCCAACUAGCCGCUGACUUCAUAGAAAAUGGAAAGUCCCCACUUUCUCGGGAGAGCUUGCAUGGCACCUUUGGGCAACCCAUACCAGAAGACGACGGCCCAACUGCAUUUGAAGAGGAUGGACUUAAUCAGUGCGUUCCUAUUGAUGAGCCAAUUUGUCAAGGUUUGGAAUAUACACACACAAGGUUUCCAAAUUCGGUGGGAUUGACAUCACAAGAGGAGGCCUCCAAACGAGUGAAUGAUUAUCGCGCUCUGAUAAGCGUGGAAUGUUCUCACUAUUUAAGAAUAUUUCUCUGCACGGUCUACUUUCCUAUGUGCACACCAACACCAAAUGCUUUUAGGACACUACAACCAUGUCAGAGCUUCUGUCGUCACGUGCAGUCUAAGUGUGAACCCAUCAUGAAAAGCUUCAGCUUUCCUUGGCCAAAAGAACUCAACUGUAAUGCGUUACCCGUGGCUUCGGAUAUGUGCAUCAAACCGCAAAGUUACGACCAGGAUCAAGCGACGGGUUCUCUCACUCAAAAGCUUCCUGAAGUAGCCUCGAACGAAAUCGCCAAGCUGUUGCCUGGCCUCAAUAACUUCCUUCAUGAGCAUCCUGAUAAAAUGAAGGAUGUUGGUAAAUCAGCCUAUUCUUCAAUUGGAGGCAAUCUGCCACUGACGGCUGAUACACUGCUUCAGAUACCGCAAAGUAAAUCCGUGCCUUGUACUAUUAUGGAAGUUCCACUAGUGCGAGGAAAAUCCAAUGGGAAUGUUACUUGUGCUCGUCGCUGCACCGCCAAUAUUUUCUACCGUGCGGCUGAGAAACGUUUCGCCGAUAUCUGGCUCCUUGGUUGGUCUAUAUUAUGUGCAAUCUCGUGUCUACUAACUAUUGUCACUUUCAUUAUUGACCGCAGUCGCUUUGUUUAUCCGGAGCGACCAAUUGUAUACAUUUCCGCAUGUUAUCUGUUUUAUUCCGUCGGGUGUAUCCUACGUAUUAUAGUGGGACGCGAAAGGGUCAGUUGCUAUCAGAGAGCGGACGACGCAGCAGUUGUGAAUUCACAGAAUACCAUUUGGGCCAACAUCCUUCCGACACUUGCGGCUGAUGCUGGCGGUUUUGUACACUCGUUUGCGCCAAUGCUCGAAACAAACAAGUUUCUUAUUGUUUCUGGUUAUGAGAGCACUUCAUGUACAUUAAUAUUUAUCAUCAUCUACUACUUCGGUCAAGCAAGCUACGGAUGGUGGGUGAUGCUGGCUGUCACGUGGUUCCUGUCAACGGCAUGCAAAUGGGGGUCCGAAGGGGUUGAACGCGUUAGCAGCAUAUUACAUAUGUUCGCUUGGGCGGUCCCGGCUAUCACAACCAUGAUCAUACUCAUUCUUCAUCGAAUCGAUGCCGACGAACUAACAGGUUUAUGCUAUGUAGGCUAUCAGGACCGUGCUAGCUUACUGAUUUUUGUUCUCAUACCACAGAUUGUAUGCCUUCUACUGGGACUUGGACUGUUUGUUAUCGGUUUUUUCUCACUAAUUUCCAUCAGAACAAAUCUGAAACGUUCGAAUGUCGGAGGGACAAAGAAUCAAUUCCUAAUGACGGAGCAGUCACCUGGCAAUGGAUUACUGCUUUCUUCUAGAACACCCAAUCCGGAAAGACUUCAGUUCGCAUCGGAUAAGGUCAGCGUAAGACGUCUGGAUAAACUCAUGGCGAAAAUUUGUAUCUUCUCUGUAUUGUACGUGAUCCCCUGCAUUUGUGUCAUUGGUGCCAACUGGUAUUCCUACAGUGGACAGGAUACUUGGCUCCGUUCGAUGCGUGAACUUGCAACACGUUCUGGUUGUGUCAACCUUCUGGGGACAAACUGGAACAAGGCAGACGAAUGUCUUCAAGGGUUGACUUACCCGUCCAUUGAAGUCCAUAUGUUACACACCUUCAUGUCCCUGGUUGUGGGAAUCACCGCCGGUAUGUGGGUAUGGUGUAACCGAAAAACAUUUUCUACCUGGGUGAAAUGCAUUCGGCGCCAGCAGAACAAACCGGGGAAAUGUGUCGGAUGCAAAACGAAAGGUUUUUCUGGAAAAACACACUCGACACAUUUGACAGCAACACAUUUGGAGACUAAAACAAACGGGCCAAGUUAUGGUAAGUAACAAAGAACACACAAUUCUCUGGCGAAUCUCAUACACGCGAGCACUGCAAUCCGUGCUCGUCCUUAUCACAACCUGCCGUUCUACGUUCAACCGAUACGCAUGAGGCGUGUUUUGCCAUGCCGUCUGCUGCUCACAAACAACUUCACCAAUCACAAGGAUAUGCACUGAACACCAUCAACUGGUCAGCCCAAAAUACAAACUCGCUUUCGAUACGGAAGUUGGACCAGUUCGCAUGAAUCACGUGACCUAUUAAUCACCUGAAUUGUAUGGAGAACUACACCUGUAAUUAUUCAAAAUGUUUCAUGUCAUUUUCCUUUAUGCAACUAUGCGGAAGAGUUUACUUAUGCCCAUUAAAUAUAUACACAUAUAUACUUGAGAAAAUACACGAAGUUUU